CCUGUCUGGUGGUAUUGGUUAAAAAAAAAAAAAAAAAAAAGUGUUCCAGAGUGAGUGGGAUUGGGGGAUGUUACAUUGACAGUCAACUCACCCAGAAUACUAUAAAAGCUGUCUGUUUCAAAAAUUCCAAAGAUCUUGUUUUUUUCCUCAUCCAUGAAGUCCAUAAAGCUUGGCAAUGUAUGCCAAAGAACCGAAUAUUACUUCCAUUCUUUGAUCUUAAAAGCAUUAUCUUCUGUUAAUAACCCAAUUGAUCUGCAUAAAGUUCAUUCCCUGAUAAUAGUUUCAGGCCAACACCAAUCAACAUUCUUCUCUGGAAAACUCAUUUCAAAAUACUCCCAAUUCAAAGACCCUGUUUCUUCAUUAACCAUUUUUCGGGUAAACUCACCUACAAAUAAUGUUUAUUUAUGGAAUACUAUCAUUAGAGCUAUGACACAUAAUGGGUUAUUUACUAAAGCAUUAGACUUUUAUACCCAAAUGAGAAAAUUAAAUGUAAAGCCUGAUAAUUAUACUUUUCCUUCUAUUAUUAACUCGUGUGGGAAUUUAUUGGAUCUUGAAAUGGGAAAAAUUGUGUAUAAUGAUGUUUUGGAGAUGGGUUUUGGAUCAGAUUUGUAUAUAUGUAAUGCUUUGAUUGAUAUGUACGCGAGGAUGAACGAAUUAGGGAAUGCGCGUGAGGUGUUUGAUAAAAUGCCUCAAAGAGAUGUGGUUUCUUGGAAUAGUUUGAUUUCGGGGUAUAGUGCGAAUGGGUAUUGGGAAGAGGUGUUAGAAGCUUUUCGGGAGGGUAGGUCAUUGGGUGUUGCUAGUGAUGCUUUUACAGUGUCUAGUGUUUUACCUGCAUUUGGGGGUUUGAUGGAGGUUGUACAGGGCCAGAUAGUUCAUGGGUUUGUGGAGAAGAGUGGUAUUAAGGGAGAUAUGAAUGUAAGUAAUGGAAUUCUUUCGAUGUACUUUAAGUUUGAGAGGUUGUUGGACUGUCAGAAAAUCUUUGAUGAGAUGAUAGUUAGAGAUAUUGUCACUUGGAAUAUCAUAAUCUGUGGGUUUUCUCACUCGGGGUUAUAUCAGGAGUCUAUCAGACUGUUUCGAGAAAUGGUUUAUGAGUAUGAGCCGGAUCUGCUUACAAUUACUUCUGUUCUGCAAGCUUGUGAACAUAUGGGGGAUUUAAGAUUUGGCAGAUAUGUUCAUGACUAUAUAUUGGAAAACAGAUACGAAUGUGACACGACCGCGUGCAAUAUUAUUAUUAACAUGUAUGCAAAAUGUGGUGAUUUGGCAGCUGCGAGGCAAGUUUUUGACAACAUGAGAAGAUGGGAUUUGGUCUCAUGGAACUCAAUGAUUAGCGGUUAUGUUGAAAACGGGUUUAAUAAAGAAGCAGUAGAUCUGUUUAAGAUAAUGAGGAUAGACUUGCAACCUGAUUCUAUCAGUUUUGUGACGCUUCUCUCUACCUGUACAAAGUUGAUGGAUGUGGAUUUUGCAAGAGAGCUCCACUGUGAUAUAAUUAAGACAGGAUAUGAUUCCGCUCUCAUUGUGGGCAAUGCUCUUCUAGAUGUGUAUGCCAAAUGUGGUGAAAUGGAGCAUUCAGUGUGGCAAUUUGAAAUCAUGAAUACUAGAGAUAUUGUAACGUGGAAUACUAUUAUUGCUGCAUGUUGCCAUUAUGAGGAAAGUUACGUAGGUUUAAAGAUGCUCAGUAGGAUGAGAAUGGAAGGAAUCAUGCCAGAUGUGGCUACCAUUUUAGGUUUGCUGCCUUUGUGUUCCUUGCUUGCUGCCAAAAGACAGGGGAAAGAGCUGCAUGGAUUCAUUAUUAGGCUCAGUUAUGAGUCACACGUCCCUGUUGGAAAUGCACUGAUCGAGAUGUACUCCAAAACUGGGAGUUUAAAGAAUGCAAUCUUGGUCUUUGGGCACAUGAGGAUUAAAGAUGUGGUGACAUGGACAGCAAUGAUCUCUGCAUAUGGAAUGUAUGGUGAAGGAAAGAAGGCUCUCAGAUCUUUUCAGCAGAUGAAGGAGAUGGGUACUGUUCCCGAUCAUAUUGUUUUUGUUGCCGUUAUAUAUGCAUGUAGCCAUUCUGGUUUGGUGAAAGAUGGUCGUACGUGCUUUAACCAAAUGAGAGAAGAAUACAACAUUGAGCCUAGGAUCGAACAUUAUGCUUGCAUGGUUGAUCUUUUUUCACGUUCUGGGCUACUGGCUGAAGCAGAGGACUUUAUCCUUUCUAUGCCGCUGCAGCCUGAUGCAAGUAUAUGGGGAUCUCUACUUAGUGCUUGUCGAGCUAGUGGAGAUACCGAAACUGCUGAACGUGUCGUAGAGCGUCUUGUUGAAUUGAACCCUGACGAUCCUGGGUAUAAUGUUCUAGCUUCCAAUGUAUAUGCCACCUUAGGGAAGUGGGACCAAGUGAGAACAAUACGAAAAUCUUUGAAAACUAGAGGACUUAGGAAAGACCCAGGAUGUAGCUGGAUUGAGAUUUGUCACAGAGUUUUUAUUUUUGGCACUGGUGAUAGGUCCUUUCAACAAUUCAAGCAAGUCAGUGAGCUCAUAGAGGACCUCAAUAGAACAAUGGAUAAGGAAGGUUAUGUUGCUGACUUAAAAUUUGUUUUGCAUGAUGUCGGUGAAGAUGAGAAGAUAAAUUUGCUCCAUGGGCAUAGUGAAAGACUUGCUAUAGCAUUUGGAUUAUUGAACACAAAAGAAGGUUCACCUUUGCAAGUGAUGAAGAAUCUCCGGGUUUGUGGGGAUUGCCACACUUGGACCAAGUAUGUGUCAAAAAUUGUUCAGAGGGAAAUACUAGUUAGAGAUGCAAAUCGCUUUCACUUGUUCAAGGAUGGGACAUGUAGCUGCAGAGACCGCUGGUGAUAAAAGUCUGUUGUCGUUGCUCAUACUCAGAAGAUGGAAAGAUCCCUGCAAUUGAGGAAAUUAAGGAUUUGUCAUUUGAAAACAAUCUGGAGGUGAGAUAUCUUUCUGCAUAUUAGAUUUGUGAGAUUCCAAGCUAUAUCUCCUGUAUUACGUUUCUACCUUUAGUUGCAGGAUUGUUGCAGUAGUCGACUUCAAAAAGAGAUGCAAAAGUAUUAAGGACCUCAGAUCUGGGCCUGUUUCUUUCUAGUGGAAUAGCUUGCCAACUUGGUCAUUUGGCAGUCGAAAAAAAGGUAUAUUACUAUAUUUCCUUUUUGGUAGGUCAAGGGUACAUUUUAUUUCUUGCUGUGAUACACCUGGUACUGGAUGUUUAAUUCAAUAGUCCAACCAUUUAAACCUCACAUAUCAGUCCACUUUAUCAUGUAUGGGUUUUUACAUACAUCAAGGAAAAGAAAUAUACCUGGUAGAUCCAUGAGCAUGAUCUUCUUUUCUGUUUAUCUUUUCAUCUGUCAAUCAUAUCUUUUUGUUGCUCCUAUUAGUCGGAUCAUGAUUCCAGAAAAACAAAAAGGCGACAUGACAAAUUAAACACCAUGAAUAGCUAAGGACCUCACGAGGUUGUGGGACUAUUAUCCAGCAAUCAAAAGCUUGAGUAUAGCCCACCUGAAUUCAAGACAUUAGUGGCAGAAGAAAAAUGAAAGUUGUCGUUAAGAUUGAUAUUUCACGUGAACUUGUGUCACUAAUUUAUUCUUUUUUUUUUAAAAAAAAAUCCUUGUUCAUUCAUUGAAUAUUUUUUUUGGUGGUAUGAAGAAUAUGGAAUAGAGGUUUGAACCAGUUCAUA